AUGAGAGAAAUCAUUCAUAUUUCGACAGGUCAAUGUGGUAAUCAAAUUGGUGCAGCCUUCUGGGAAACCAUCUGUGGUGAACAUGGCCUUGAUUUAAAUGGUAACGUCUUACCAAACACUUCUUCCAUCAUGACUUCUAAAUUGAACGUUUAUUUCAAUGAAACUUCAAGUGGCUCAAAGUGGGUACCAAGAUCCAUCAAUGUGGAUUUAGAACCAGGUACCAUUGAUGCUGUACGUAACUCUAAGAUGAGUGGUCUUUUCAGACCAGAUAAUUUCAUCUUUGGUCAAUCAUCAGCGGGGAAUGUUUGGGCCAAAGGUCAUUACACUGAAGGUGCUGAAUUAGUAGAUUCUGUCAUGGAUGUCAUUAGACGUGAAGCUGAAAGUUGUGAUAGAUUACAAGGUUUCCAAAUCUCGCAUUCUCUUGGUGGUGGUACAGGGUCAGGUAUGGGUACCCUUUUAAUCUCCAAAAUUAAAGAAGAAUUCCCAGAUAGAAUGAUGGCCACAUUCUCAGUCAUUCCAUCUCCAAAAAAUUCUGAUACUGUCGUCGAACCAUAUAACGCUACUUUAUCAAUGCAUCAAUUGAUCGAAUAUGCAAGUGAAACUUUUUGUAUCGAUAACGAAGCUCUUUAUAAUAUAUGUCAAAGAACUUUGAAAUUAACACAACCUUCAUAUAACGAUUUGAAUCAAUUGGUAUCAAGUGUCAUGUCAGGUGUUACCACUUCGUUACGUUAUCCAGGUCAAUUGAAUUCAGAUUUAAGAAAAUUGGCUGUCAAUUUAGUCCCAUUCCCAAGAUUGCAUUUCUUCAUGAUCGGUUACGCUCCAUUAACAGCAAUGAACGCUCAAUCCUUUAGAUCAUUAUCAGUACCAGAAUUGACUCAACAAAUGUUUGACUCUAAGAAUAUGAUGGCUGCUGCUGAUCCAAGAAAUGGUAGAUAUUUAACUGUCGCAGCUUUGUUUAGAGGUAAUGUUUCAGUAAAGGAAGUGGAAGAUGAAAUGUAUAAAGUUCAAUUAAGAAAUUCAGAUUAUUUUGUGGAAUGGAUUCCAAAUAAUGUACAAACUUCAGUUUGUUCUGUACCACCUAAAAAUUCUGAUAUAUCUGCUACUUUCAUCGGUAAUUCUACUUCAAUUAAGGAAUUGUUCCAAAGAAUUGAUAAACAAUUCGUCGCUAUGUUUAGGAAAAAGGCUUUCUUACAUUGGUAUACAAGUGAAGGUAUGGAUGAAAUGGAAUUCACUGAAGCUGAAUCUAAUAUGAACGAUUUGAUUCAAGAGUAUGAACAAUAUCAAGAAUGGAGAGUAGAUGAAGAUGAAGAUGAAAUGGAUGACGUCGAACAUAACUAUAAUGCUAACGGUAACAAUAUGGAUGAUCAUAAUAAUAUUAAUGGUGAUUACAAUGCUGCCACUGAAACUACAACUGGUAUUACUACCGCUGUUGGUGGAGAUCAACCUGUUCCAGAAGAAUUUUAG